AUGGCUGCCGUCAGCGUAUUAAUGGUGCUCCUUCCUGCUGUGUGGGCCUGUACUCCACAGAAAGCAGAUUACAUUAUGAUCUCUUGUUUUCCCAACACCAUCAUUGCCAACCUGCCCGAGUGUCCAUAUGGCUGGGAGAUAGAGCACUUGUCUCUAGGGGGGUUGUGCUACAGCGGGGUCCACAUUCUGGGGUACUAUCGUUUCGCCAUUCCUGAUCUGACCCCCAAAAACCACUCCUACUGUGGGACAUUUUCAGAGUACUUGGGAGGUAAGGACCCCAAAUACGUGUUCUUUAACUCAAUAGUGUCCAACGACACCUCCCUGACAAUCAGGAACCAGCCUGUCAACUACACCUUCAGCUGCACAUACAGAGCAGCGUACCUGGUGAACAACGCAGUGUUUAGCCAAAGAGUGGCAACGGUUUAUGUCAACAACGGGAGUAUAGGUUCAUUUAAAUCUCAGUUGUCUAUGAACGUGUUCACUAAUUCUAAGUACCUGUACACUAAGGACGCGCCCUAUGUGAUCGACACAUCAGAGAUUGGCUCUGAGGUUUUUAUUGGGAUUGAAGCAAAGGGACUGAGCACCAGAUUCAAACUUGUGAUUACCAAUUGCUGGGCCACCCCUUCACCGUACUCCACUGACAGGAAGAGGUGGAGCCUCAUAAUCAACAGCUGUUCGACAGAUAACACAGUGGUCAUCUUCGAGAACGCCAAAGACAGCAAGUCCCUGUUCAAGUUCCACUCCUUCCGCUUUCAACGUUUGGAGAAGGUGUCUACGGUCUGGCUUCACUGUGAAGUGCAUAUUUGCGACAGUGAAAAACUCCACUGCCAACCAGCUCCGUGCACUGCAAGACAUGCAACAUUAGAAUCAGAUGCAAGUGGUGGCAUCCUGACCACAGAGUUUCAAAUUAAAGGCAUCUGGCUGUGUCUGCUGAGUUUAUUGGUGGUGAAUGCCUUAUUGGGGUGUCUUCACUUACCAAAUGCAUAA